AUGAAGCGGCCACUUCUCGCCGUCCUCGCCACACUGGCCCGCGCCAUCGCCACGGCAGCAGCCGCAGCAGCCGCCUGUAACGGCCACGCCGAGCUCUGCGACCGCAGAUACAGUAACGUCACCUUCCUCGGCUCCCACGACUCCGCAUUCGUCGGCACAUCCGUGGCAGACAACCAGGAGACAUCCGUCGCAGACCAACUGGCCCAGGGUGUUCGGUUCUUGCAGGCACAGACGCACCUCGCCAGCGACAAUCACACCAUCGAACUGUGCCAUACGCUGUGCCUGCUGGAAGACGCCGGGCCCCUGGCGGCCUAUCUGAGCACGAUCAAGACGUUUCUAGAUGCGAACACUCAGGAGGUGGUCACGCUGCUGCUUACCAACCAGGACGGGCAGUCUGGGACGGCCUUUGAUGCUGUCUUCCAGAGCAGUGGGAUCAAGGGGUAUGCGUUCACACCAGCUGGGAACUUGACGUUGGACCAGUGGCCGACACUGGGGCAGAUGAUUUCGAUGGGCCAACGACUGGUCGUAUUUAUGGAUUUUCCGGCUGGAGCUCCUGUUCCAUACAUCCUCAAUGAAUUUCAGUCUUAUAUAUUCGAAACUCCAUUCGACACCACCGACCCUACUUUUCCCCAAUGUGCCAUCGACCGCCCUCCCGGCGCCUCUGCAGCUGGCCGGAUGAUUCUGGUGAACCAUUUUCUGGACACCAACCUGUCAGGAAUUCUCAUUCCGAAUCAGGCCGCUGCCAACGUAACCAACUCGGCAGCAUCUAUCACAGCUCAGGCCAAUCUCUGCUCUGGAUUAUACCAGCAGACCCCUAACUUCAUUCUGCUCGACUGGAUUAGUAUUGGAGAUGCGAUGUCUGUCCAAGCUAUGAUGAAUGGUUGGCUCGGUGACUGCCUCGAUGGCUGUCAGUACUGA